AUCAUGCAUGGGGUGGGUAAAAUGUCGAGCCUUGCUUGCACAGCUUCUUCAACUCUACUACUAAACACACAAUCAAGAAACACUAAUUGCCUCCAUACAGCUUCAGUAAAACAUGGGAAGAUAAAAUCAAUGGCUUCUUCCUCCCCAAAGAGAGAAACAGAUCCCAAGAAAAGAAUAGUAAUAACUGGGAUGGGCCUUGUUUCUGUUUUUGGAAGUGACAUUGAUGUUUACUACAACAAGUUGCUUGCUGGUGAGAGCGGUAUCACUCCCAUCGACAGGUUUGAUGCUUCGGAUUACCCUGUUAGGAUCGCAGGGCAGAUUCGCGGCUUCUCUUCAGACGGAUACAUCAACGGGAAGGAUGAUCGCCGCCUUGAUGAUUGCUGGAGAUACUGUUUGGUUGCUGGCAAAAGAGCUCUUGAUGAUGCUGCUCUUGGGAAACAAGUUGUUGACACUAUGGACAGGUCAAGAAUGGGGGUGUUGGUGGGAUCAGGAAUCGGAGGCACUUCAGUUUUUAGCAAUGGAGUGGAAACAUUGCUUCAAAAGGGGCAUAGAAAGAUAACACCAUUUAUGGUCCCUUAUAUAAUAUCAAACAUGGGGUCUUCACUUCUAGCUAUAGACACCGGCUUCAUGGGGCCUAAUUACAGCAUUUCAGCAGCUUGUUCUACAGCAAACCAUUGCCUCAUUUCUGCUGCAAACCACAUUAGACGAGGCGAUGCAGAUGUGAUGGUGGCCGGUGGGACAGACGCUUCAGUCCUCCCGAUUGGAAUCGCAGGCUUCAUAGCCUGCAGAGCCUUGUCUCAGCGAAACGACCAACCUCACAAGGCGUCCAGGCCGUGGGCCAGAGACCGCGACGGCUUUGUCAUGGGAGAAGGUGCCGGUGUUUUGAUCAUGGAAAGCAUGGAGCACGCCAUGAAAAGAGGGGCUAAGGUUUACGCGGAGUAUUUGGGAGGCGCGACUACAUGUGAUGCCCAUCACAUGACAAAUCCACAACCCGAUGGGCUUGUCGUUGCGUCUUGCAUAAUGAAAGCUUUGGAAGAUGCGCGAGUGUCUACACAAGAGGUUAACUAUGUGAAUGCUCAUGCAACAUCAACCCCUGCUGGAGAUUUGGCUGAGAUUAGAGCAAUCAAGAAAGUAUUCCAAAACACCUCUCACUUGAAGAUCAAUGCCACCAAGUCGAUGAUUGGACACGCGCUUGGGGCUUCCGGUGGAUUGGAAGCAAUAGCUACGAUCAAAGCAAUUAACACUGGCUGGUUACAUCCCACAAUCAACCAAGAUGAUUUGGAAGAUGAAGUCACCAUUGACACUGUCCCAAAUGUAAAGAAGCAACAUCAAGUAAAUGUUGCCAUAUCAAACUCAUUCGGGUUCGGAGGCCAAAACUCGGUCGUAGUGUUGGCACCCUUCAUCCCUUGAAAAUACAUCGACAUGAUCAAUAUCUAAUAACAGUGCAUCUAUGCAUAUAAAGUAUAAAAUAACUAAAAAUGGUAGAUAUAUAUAGUGCCCUAUAUCAACAAUUUCUCGAUUGUUUUUCAAUCAAAAAGUUGUUAAUAGCAUGAAAGAUGCUUUUGAUUAAAUAUGGGAUUUUGAGGUCUAAUUCAGCAGUUGUGUUCUCCCCCUUCUCUUACCGUGACAGAAUUUUGCCAGCUCGUAUAUUUCAAUAUAGAAUAUUAGUAAAACUAGAUGGUUAGAAUUUUGGUGUGUUGUUACUUGUUUAGGCUAAAGGCAACUUCAAAAGAGAAAACGCAUGAUAUGUCAAUGCACAUAUUAAUGCAUCUAUCAUAUAAUUAUUUUGCUUGUAA